UCUGAUUUACGGAGUGAUAAAACAAACAUUCCCUCUGUAAAAACUUUGACUCUAAUAUGUCAACAAAAUGAAACAAGAAUUUUGAACCUGGCUUUAUCCAAUGUUCAGAUUUCUGUUCUGGACAUUUAUGCAAAUUAACACAUAUUUCAUGAGAUAAUUAAUCAUUUGCAUAUUUAAGCAUAUUUUAUCACGGCAUGCAGAUAGUUUUGUUUUUCCAGGGUUUGAGACUGUCACAGUUUUUAUUGAAACUACUAUCCCAUUCCUCUCUCAAAACCUGGACAAGUAAAAUCAUAAUUAUGAGCUGAAUUUACUUUUUGUUGUUGUUGUUUUUUUUGUAAUUUGGUUGAAAUGACCCUUUAUGGUGUAGACUUUUAAUGUGGCAGAAAGUCCGACGUUUUAGAGAAGUGUUAUUGAUAACAUUAAAUGUCAUGGUGUGAUAGAAAUCUUGUGAGCAAUUAAUUGGAGACUGAAGAAGCAACCUGACAGCCAAGAAUGUCUUAAGCUGGAGGUUUAUUGCAGCUUGAAUUCAAGGAGAACCGGGCGACAGCAGUACAAGUGAUAAGCAGGUAGUUACAAGUGUGCCGCCACAUCAAUUCUGAAGGACGCAGCUGGUCAGCGGGAUAUUUAUCUUGCGCGCUGCACGGAAACAGGAUAACCCAAAUACUGUCUCAUCUCUGCAAAACAACAUAUGUGCCAGAUCGUAUGUACGUAAAAGUGUGUAGUGGAGAGUGGGGUAAGAUGAGCCAGUGGGUGAGUUGACCCACCCCCUGUAUCUAGGCAACUGUGCAUAUGUUUUGUCAUGUGACCAUAAAUUCAGGAAGUACCCAUCAUUUCUAUCUUGCUGUGAUGAAGUGAAGCACAUGGGAGAAGUGGUAAGUACUCUUUUACACCAAAACCUUUUUUUUUCCCAUGAAAGUAAAUUGUCUGCAUGUCUGGAAUAAUGACUGUUAGUUCAAAGCACAUUUAUCCAGAUCUAAAAAAAUACAUUAUACCUGUUGGUGAUUUACUAACGUAUAAAAUCAUGUGAAUCACUUCGCUAAAGAUUAGCCUGAAUUUCUAAGCUAGGCCAUUUUUUUCCAAAAUGGUAGCUAUGGGGCAAAGUGAGCCAAAGGCCACUGGCUCAACUUAUCCCACCAUAAGGCAUUUAAGUUCAGUUAAGUCUCUGAAGUAUAAAAGGGUAUUACAGUUGAGUGUUACACAACUUGGCUUGAUGGAGAGAGCAGCCGCUGAUGUCAAGGGUGGAAAAUUCAUCAGAUCAGUGGCAGAAGACAGAAAUAUUGACAGGUCAACACUGCAGAGGUACAUAAAAAAGAAGGGAGAUAAAGGAAGUAAAAACAGGUUGGUUACAGUGGAACAGCAGAGGCAAAGAAGGUCUUCACAGAGGAGGUAGAGAAGGAGCUUGCAGACCAUAUCAAGUCUUUUCCAUGGCCUUACUCCAAAGAAAUGCUGUGAACUGGCAUUGGAAUUGGCAAAAAGAAAUAACAUUCCUGUCCCCAAGAACUGGAAAGAGAAGGGUUUAACAGGUCGAGAUUGGUUCUCCUGCCGUAUGCCUGAAGCGACAUCUUUGGAAAGGGCUACAGCCUUCAAUAAGACUACAGUCGGGGAGUUCUUUGACAAUCUGACUAAAGUGAUGGACAGGCAUAAAUUCCCCCCAAACAUGAUUUAUAAUGUCGAUGAAACAGGUGUGACUACGGUGCAGACACCAAAGCAGGUAGUGGCAGAAAAAGGAAAGAAGCAAGUGGGCGCCAUCACGUCUGCUGAAAGAGGAGAGCUUGUUACUGUGGUCUGUGCAGUCAGUGCAACUGGGAAUGCAGUCCCUCCCAUGUUUAUCUUCCCAAGGGUUAGAUACAAAGACCACUUCAUUACAGGAGCACCUCCAGGAUCAAUUGGUACCUCCACCAGAUCUGGCUGGAUCAAUGAAGACACCUUUGUUGAGUUCCUUGAACAUCUGAUUGACCACAUCAAGUGCUCCCCUGAGCAGCCGGUGCUGCUAAUCCUUGAUAACCAUGAGGCCCACGUUUCACUGAGGGCACUGGAUAUAGCAAAAAGAAAGGGCAUUGUUAUGCUCACAAUUCCACCCCACACAUCCCAUCGCCUGCAACCUUUAGACCAGACUGUUUAUGGUCCAUUUAAGACCUAUUACAACAGAGCUCUUGAUGGUUGGAUGAGAUCCAACCCAGGCAAAACAGCCAGCAUAUAUGAAAUCCCUGGCUGUGUGAAUGAGGCGUUCAUGUCAGCAAUGAUGCCACGGAACAUCUGUUCCGGAUUCAGGUCCACAGGGAUUUUCCCUUUCAACAGAGAUAUUUUCUCUGAUGCGGAGUUUGAGCCAUCCAUGGUGUCUGACAGGCCCAACCCUGAGCUGCAGCCUGCAGCUCCAGAUGAUGCAUCAACCUCCAUCCCUGCUGAGCUGACCAGACCAUGCCUCACACAUGCAUUUGCUUCACCAAGUGACACAGAUUCACACCCCAACCACACUGGAUAUGUGUCUCCUACUGAAAUUCUACCCUUACCCAAAAUUCAGCAGCCCAGGAGACGAUCAAACCGAAAGCGUGUGAAGACAAGAAUCCUGACCGAUAUACCUGAAAAGCAGGCAAUUGAAAGGGCUCAUGAAGAGCGGAAAAAUAAACAGAGAGGGAAAAAGGAAAGUACCAUCCAAGAACAAGGAAAGCCGAAGAGGAAAAAAAACAAACAAACCAAUUGUUCAAUUUGUUCAACCAACAAACCAAUCACAGCGUACAGCAGUUCUGAGGAGAGUGAUGUUCCCAUCCCAUUUGAUGACACUUCUGAGCAUGAGAGUGAAUCAGACAUCCCCGAUCUGUUAGUUGGUGACUUCGUCAUAGUAAACUUUGCAUCUAAAGGCAGGAGCUACCUUUACAUUGGCUUGGUUGAGAGCCUGGAGGGCAACGAAGUGAGUGCAAGAUUUCUCAGAAGAAUCCGGGGGAGCACUGGACGUGAGAAGCCCACCUUUGUAUUCAAGGAAAAGGAUGAGGCAUCUUUUCCACUGAGUGAUGUGCUGACAAAGCUACCUCAACCUCAAAAGGCUGGAGGAACUGCAAGGAGGGAGCAACAGUUCAUAUUCCCCUGCAACCUUGACGACUGGCAUAUUGAAUGAGUGUUUUGAUUGUUCAAUGGUCUUGAAACUCACAUGUGGUUUGUUCUCACAAGUUCAUAACUGUGAAACUAUUUGUUAACGCACUUAUGCUAAGGUUUAAACUUAAAAACUCAGAUGUUCAGUUUUACCCCACAAUGGCUCAACUUACCCACUGACUCGGAUCAACUUACCCCUUACCUGGGGCACGUUGAGCCACAGGUGUAUGAAUAAAGGUUCAUGUUUUCAUUGUA